UUUAUAUAGUCUCUUGGAUAUGUAAAUGCUUUUGAACUUCAGUGACCAAAGUCCAAAUGAUGUUCUUCUUCUUCUGCAAGUUAACUUACCUUUUGUACCGUAUAUAACUUCAAAUUCCGACCGCUCUCACCCUAUCUGUCACGUUCAGCCUCAAAGACAAUUGUUUCUUGAACUUUGCCUUGGCUUCGAAGAAGAAAGUCCCAAAAUAGAAGAGCCUAACCAUAUGGGACUGAAGAUACUUUCAGUCAGCUUUGCUCUCCUUUGUUGCUUCUGUUCACUUGGCUUCUGUGAUCAAGAUGGUUUUCUGAGUUUGGCUUGUGGUGGAACCACCAAUUACACGGACUCGUCCAACAUCUUCUGGAUAACCGACAGUGAUUUCAUAAGCACAGGAAAGACUACCUACAUCAACGAUAUUGAUGGCACUUCAUCUGGUGUUUCGCUUCGGUUCUUCCCAGAUUCCAAAGGCCGUAACUGUUACAGAUUACCCUUGAGGAAUAUAUCCUCCUUAAUUCUCGUCAGAAGCCAAUUCGUGUACAAGAACUACGAUGGACAAGGGAAGCCACCGGCAUUUUCUGUUUCUCUUGGGACAGCAAUGGCUAGUACUAUCAACCUGACCUCUAAUGAUCCUUGGACUGAAGAAUUUGUAUGGCCAGUCAAUAAGGACACGCUCUCUUUUUGCUUGCAUCGGAUUCCGAAUGGUGGGACUCCAGUUAUUUCUUCCCUCGAAGUGCGGCCUCUUCCUCCUGAAGCUUACAAAAGUGGAAUGGGAGAUUUCCCAAAUAAGUCACUCAGGAAGUCUUAUCGAAUUGAUAGCGGUUACACCAACGGCUCAUUGAAGUACCCUGCAGAUCCCUAUGAUCGAAUAUGGGAUGCUGAUAAGAGCUUCACACCAUUCCAUGUGACUAGAGGGUUCAAAGUUCAAGUCGAGUUUAAUCUCUCGGGGCUCUUGGAGAGUCCUCCUCCUGCUGUUCUUCAAACUGCAAGAGUUUUGGCACGAAAAGAAGUUAUGACGUAUAACUUCCCUCUCGACUCACUUGGCGACUAUUAUGUUGUCCUCUAUUUUGCCGGGAUCCUUCCUAUCUCCCCCUCAUUCGAUGUAAUAAUCAAUGGGGACAUAGUUCAAUCUAACUAUACAGUGAAAACCUCAGAAGCCAGCGCUCUAUAUGUUACCCGGAAGGGAAUCAAGUCUUUGAAUGUGACGUUUAAGAGCAAAAGCUUCUUUCCUCAGGUCAAUGCAAUUGAGGUGUAUGAAAUUGUUGACAUUCCCUUAGAAGCUUCAUCAACCACAGUUUCAGCACUUCAGGUUAUCGAGCAGUUUACUGGCCUGGAUCUGGGAUGGGAAGAUGAUCCUUGUUCGCCAAAACCAUGGGAUCACGUCGAAUGUGAAGGAAGCCUAGUGACAUCACUGGAGCUUUCAGACAUCAAUCUCAGGUCUGUCAGUCCAACAUUUGGGGACUUGCUGGAUCUCAAAACACUGGAUUUGCAUAACACAUCGCUUGCUGGCGAGAUACAGAACUUGGACAGCCUGCAAAAUCUAAAGAAACUGAACCUGAGUUUCAAUAAACUGACAUCGUUUGGCUCAGAUUGGGAGAACUUGAUUAGCCUGCAAGUUUUGGACUUACAAAACAACAGCUUGGAGGGAGAUGUUCCCGACGGCUUGGGAGAGCUGAAAGACCUUCGCCUACUAGACUUGGAGAAUAACCUGCUACAAGGCACCUUACCAGAUUCCUUGAACAGAGAGAGCUUGGAGGUCAGAACCUUAGGAAACUUGUGUCUUUCCUUCUCCUCAACUGCGUGUGCCGAUGCAUCAUCUAAUCCUUCAAUUGAGGCACCGCAAGUUACAAUAGUUCCCAAGAGAAACAAACGUGGACAUAAUCAUUUAGCCAUUAUACUCGGAGCAGUCGGAGGAGCAUCGCUAGCUAUUUUGCUCAUCCCGCUCUUCAUAUUCAUGUACAGAAGGAGAGGAAGAACUGAAAUGUCAUACACGGAACGGGCAGCCGCAGACAUGAGAAACUGGAAUGCAGCCAAGAUCUUUUCCUACAAAGAGAUCAAAACGGCCACAAACAACUUUAAAGAAGUCAUUGGUCAUGGUAGUUUUGGAUCCGUUUACCUGGGAAAGCUUCCAGAUGGAAAACUAGUUGCUGUGAAAGUGCGGUUUGAUAAAUCCCAACUUGGUGCAGAUUCUUUCAUAAAUGAGGUUCGUCUCUUAUCACAAGUCCGCCAUCAGAACCUUGUAAGUCUGGAAGGAUUUUGUUAUGAGUCGCAGCGUCAGAUUUUAGUCUAUGAAUAUCUACCAGGGGGAUCACUGGCUGAUCACCUGUAUGGUCCAAACAGUAAGAAAUUCUCGCUAAGCUGGGUUCGGAGACUCAAGAUUGCUGUUGAUGCUGCAAAAGGACUGGACUAUCUACAUAAAGGAAGCAAUCCUCGAAUCAUUCACCGAGACAUCAAGUGCAGUAAUAUACUAUUGGACAAGGAGAUGAAUGCAAGACUUUGCGAUUUUGGGCUAUCUAAGCAAAUGAUCCAGCCAGAUGCAACUCAUGUGACCACUGUAGUCAAGGGCACGGCUGGUUACCUUGACCCCGAGUAUUACUCCACGCAACAACUUACAGAGAAAAGCGACGUCUACAGCUUCGGAGUUGUCCUUUUGGAGCUCAUCUGUGGACGAGAACCGUUGAAUCAUUCAGGGACUCCAGAUUCCUUCAAUUUGGUUUUAUGGGCAAAGCCCUACUUGCAGGCAGGUGCAUUCGAGAUUGUGGACGAGAGUUUAGGAGGAAGUUUCGAUGUGGAAAGCAUGAGGAAAGUGGCGAAAAUCGCUGUGAGGUCUGUAGAGAGGGAUGCAUCGCAAAGGCCGACCAUCGCGCAGAUACUGUCCGUGCUCAAAGAGUCUUACAGCAUUCAGCUUUCUUAUCUUGCAGCCUCUGGACAUAUGAACUGAUUCCACUCUGAGUUACAAACCGGACAAGAUCUUUCUUUUCAGCCCAAAGAGAU